AUGUCGGCCGGGUUCGUGGGGGUGGUGGUCUCCGACCCCUCCCUGCAGGGCCACUUCACCCAGGUCGAGCUCCGAUCCCUCAAGGCCAAGUUCUUGUCUCUGAAGAGGGACUCCGGCGGCCAUGUCACCACCAAGAACCUGCCGGGGCUGAUGAAGAAGCUCAGGGGGCUCAGCGACGUGGUUUCCGAGGACGACAUUGCUGCAUUCUUGUCGGAGGUCUACACCGACGCCGACCAAGAGAUCGAAUUCGAGUCAUUCCUCCGGGAGUACCUGAACCUGCAGGCGAGGGUGAGCUCCGACCAGGGCGCGAGCAAGAGCUCGUCGUCCUCGUUCCUCAAGUCGAGCACCACCACGCUGCUCCACAACCCCAACCAGGCCGAGAAGUCAUCCUACGUGGCGCACAUCAACAGCUACCUCGGCGACGACCCGUUUCUGAAGAAGUAUUUACCCAUAGACCCCGAGGGCGACGACCUGUUCAACCUCGUCAGAGACGGCGUGGUGCUCUGUAAAUUGAUCAACCUAGCUGUGCCCGGGACGAUUGAUGAGAGAGCCAUCAAUAAGAAGAGGGUCCUUAACCCAUGGGAGAGGAAUGAGAACCAUACACUCUGCCUCAACUCUGCAAAGGCUAUCGGAUGUACCGUUGUCAAUCUUGGUGCCCAAGACCUGGUCGAAGGACGGCCUCAUCUAGUUCUCGGGUUGAUAUCUCAAAUCAUAAAGAUACAACUUUUGGCUGAUCUUAAUCUAAAGAAGAUGCCACAGCUGGUGGAAAUUUUCGAUGACAGCAGGGAUAUAGAUGAAGUGCUGAGUUUAUCACCCGAAAAGUUGCUUCUCCAGUGGAUGAACUACCAUAUCAAGAGAGCUGGCUACAAGAAAACUAUUAACAACUUCUCUUCAGAUAUCAAGGAUGGUGAAGCCUAUGCCUAUCUUAUCAAAGCACUUGCUCCAGAGUAUUCCUCUGAAACUUCAUUCGAGACUAAGGAUCCUACAGUAAGGGCAAAGAUGGUGCUUGAACAAGCAGAUAAGUUGGACUGCAAAAGAUAUUUGAGCCCGAAGGAUAUCACUGAGGGCUCUCCAAAUCUAAACCUUGCAUUUGUUGCACAAAUAUUCCAACAUAGAAAUGGAUUGACUACUGACACAAAACAGAUCAAUCUCACGCAGUCAGCGUCGCGAGAUGAUAUUAUAUUAUCCAGAGAAGAAAGAACCUUCAGAAUGUGGAUCAACAGCCUCGGAAUUGCGACGUACGUGAACAACUUGUUUGAAGAUGUUCGAAACGGGUGGGUUCUUCUAGAAGUGCUCGACAAAGUCUCUCCAGGAUCUGUCAACUGGAAGAUGGCAACGAAACCUCCAAUUAAAAUGCCAUUUAGAAAACUGGAGAACUGCAAUCAGGUUAUUAAAAUCGGGAAGCAGCUCAAGUUUUCCUUGGUGAAUUUAGCUGGAAAUGACAUUGUUCAGGGAAACAAGAAGUUGAUUGUUGCGCUUCUAUGGCAACUGAUGAGAUUCAAUAUCCUUCAGUUGCUAAACAAACUCAGAUUCCACUCUCAAGGGUCCCAAGGAAAAGAAAUAACUGAUGCCGAUAUCUUGAGUUGGGCGAAUAACAAAGUGAAGGCUUCCGGGAGAAAUUCUCGAAUCGAAAGCUUUAAGGAAAAGAACCUAUCAAGUGGGAUUUUCUUCCUUGAACUUCUUAGUGCUGUACAGCCAAGGGUUGUGAACUGGAAGGUUGUGUCGAAGGGCAUAGAAGAUGAUGAGAAGAAGCUAAAUGCUACCUAUAUCAUCAGUAUCGCACGGAAGCUUGGGUGUUCUGUUUUUUUGUUACCAGAUGACAUUAUCGAGGUGAAUCAGAAAAUGACCCUAACGCUGACUGCUAGCAUCAUGUACUGGAGCCUGCAGAAACCACAACAGCCUGAAACAUCUGAACAGCCGGAACCAUCAUAUGUGGCUUCAGAUGCUGCUUCUGAUAUCGCCUCCGAGGAUGCUGCUUCGCCGAUGGCACCAUCGGAAGGAGAAGAGGUUAACUCAUUUCCUAUAAGAGUGUCCAACUUGCCAACGGAUAACACUUCACAGGCUCAUGUUUGA